AUGUCCGGCGAGGAAAUCUCUAAAUACGGCGAAGUUGAAGUGCUGAACCAAGGCUAUUUCGACCCGAUGACCCACAAGCAGCUCGCUCUGGGUUGUCACGACCCUCGUCUCGGUGCUAUGAAUAGGAUGAGCGACUGUCAAACCUGUGGGAAGAAUUUCAGGGAGUGUCCUGGUCACUUUGGGUCUAUCAAACUGGUCUUACCCGUUUUCCACGUCGGUUACUUUCGCCACGUACAACUUCUCCUAUCUGCCAUUUGCAAGCGUUGUGGUAGAGUGCUGCUGGCGCCCGAGAAGAGGUCGGUGUGGUUGAACAGGACGAGGAAGGCCACUAAGGACGUGCAGCAACAAAAAGGAGUUUUUCGCAAGCUCGUCGACACUUGUAAAAAAGUGCGACAAUGUCCCUACUGCGAUGCCUAUAAUGGUGCUGUCAAGAAGGGUACUCGCGGGUAUAUGACGCUUGUCCAUGAGCUCCCCAAGGACCAGGCUAAGGUAGAGUAUCAACAGCAGUACUCAGAUGCCGUCAAUAACAACCCCGAAAUCGGCAAUCACCUCAGCAAAGUGGCUUAUGAGGACCUCACUCCUCUCCAUCUGCUCCCGUUGCUGGCCAAGAUGCCUCCUUCCGAUCAAGAAAUGCUAAAGUUACCGCCUCAGCCGGAGCGACUCGUUGUCACGCACGUGCCUGUUUCGCCGGUUUGCAUUCGCCCUAGUGUUCAGAUCGGUGAUGCUGGUACUCAAGAAGACGAUUUGUCGGUGCAGACGAGCGAUAUUGUGGCUACCAACAAUAACAUCAAAGCUACUCUAUCUAGGGGAGGGACGUUGAAGCAAGUGGCCGAGCAGUGGCAGUGGCUAUCAGCCCAAGUGGCGUUGAUGAUGAACUCGGAGGCGACUGGGUUGGCAGCUGCUGCUCCUACGACUAAACCGAUCAGAAGUAUAUGUUCUCGGUUGAAGGGAAAAGAGGGGCGUUUUCGAGGAAAUCUUUCGGGAAAACGAGUGAAUUUUUCCGGUCGUACUGUGAUUAGUCCGGACCCGAAUCUCGAAGUCACUGAGGUUAUCAUCCCACAGUACUCGGCGAUGAAGUUGACGUUUCCCGAGGUUGUAUGUCGCACCAAUAUCGACAUGCUCAGAGAUAGAGUCAUUCGAGGCACGGAGGGCCAUCCAGGAGCACACAUCAUUCGGCUUAAAAGUGGUGGUGUUAAGAACUUGGCCUUCAUAAAGAAGCAAAUCAGAGAGGAGUUGGCGGCGGACCUGCAGUAUGGCGAUGUGGUUGAGAGGCACCUCCAGGACGGGGACGUGGUACUGUUCAAUCGCCAGCCGAGUUUGCAUAAAAUGAGUAUUAUGGCUCACCGAGCUAAGGUGAUGCCGUGGAGGACCUUCCGCUUCAACGAGUGUGUGUGCUCCCCAUAUAAUGCGGAUUUCGAUGGCGAUGAGAUGAACGUGCAUUUGCCGCAAACCCAGGAGGCUCGAGCGGAGGCGUUGGCGUUGAUGGGAGUUCAGAACAACCUGAUUACGUCGAAGAAUGGAGAGCCGAUAGUGGCAGCUACUCAGGACUUCCUCACGUCAGCGUGGUUGUUAACCCAAAGGGACACCUUCCUUACUAAGGAUAAGAUAGCGAACAUUGCUAUGUAUUUUGGGAAGGCAGCGGAAACGCUGGAGUUGCCGCCUCCAACGAUUAUGAAACCUAUUCAGCUGUGGACCGGCAAGCAGCUGAUAUCGCUGAUGCUGAGGCCCUCGCACAAGAGCACGGUGCUCGUAAAUUUGGAAAUGGCCGAGAAGAACUACAGUCACGGCGAUCCUUACUUCUGCCGAAAUGAUGGUUAUGUCAUCUUUUAUAACUCUGAGCUUAUCGCGGGGAAUUUGGGGAAGAAAAUUCUGGGUGGGUCGAAACCCGGCCUGACGUUCGUGUUGAUCCGCGAUAAUUCCCCUGCGGUGGCGGCGGCCUGCUUGGGCCGCUUGUCGAAGCUCUCGGCACGUUGGUUGGGCACGAGAGGUAUGUCCUUUGGGAUUGACGAUGUUACUGCUAGUCCUGAAAUUGAGGCGUUUAAGAAGGAGCAGGUGGCUGAAAAAUACGCGUAUGUUGAUGAGAAAAUUGAGGAGUACAGGAAAGGGAAGCUGCCGUUGAAGCCUGGGUGCAACGCAGAGCAAACUCUGGAAGCUGUGAUUAACGGCGAAUUGGGAAAAAUCAGGAAUGUAGUCGGUGACAGGCUGGAGAAAGUGUUGCCGCGGUUUAAUAAGCCGCGAAUUAUGGCACAGUGCGGGUCUAAGGGAAGUCCUAUAAACCUGUCGCAGAUGAUCGUGUGUUUGGGCCAGCAAAAUGUCGGUGGUCAGCGAAUUCAAAAUGGGUUUGUGAACAGGACUUUGCCGCACUUUAAGAAGUUCUCGAAGACGCCUCAGUCUAGGGGUUUUGUGGAAGACAGUUUCUUCUCGGGAUUGAAUCCGUUUGAAUAUUUCUUCCAUACGAUGGGAGGGCGAGAGGGGCUUGUCGAUACGGCGGUGAAAACGGCUGAGACCGGGUAUAUGCAGAGGAAGCUGAUCAAGGCGUUAGAGGAUCUGGGGUUGAAAUAUGAUAUGACGGUGAGAACUAGCGAUGGCACGGUUGUACAGUUCGUGUUUGGAGACGAUGGGCUGAAUCCAGCGAUGAUGGAGGGAAAGAGCAAGCCGUUGAAUUUCGAACAUACGAUGAACCAUGUGCAGCACGUGGUGGAGAAGCACCAUACUAGAGAGGUUGCUUUGUUGCCUAGCGAGUAUAGGGCGCUGACGAACGAGCUGAUACAGCAGGUUGAUCAAGAGGUUAAGUCUAUAUGUCCGCUGACGUCCUUGGACACUAGCAGGUUUACGGGAGAUCUGACUGAGUUCAUCGGGGGUAUGGCGAGUGAGAUGGAAAAGGAGAGAGUUAAAGUUGGGUUACCAGUGGAUGAUAGGGUUCGGGACGAUCCGAGGGAAAGUACAUUGUGUGAUUUGAGCUGCGCUCUGACGGAGGCUCAGUUGCGGUCCUUCAUGACGACGUGUGCGAGGAAGUAUAGGAGAGCGUUGAUGGAGCCUGGCGAAGCGGUGGGAGCUACAAGUGCGCAGAGUAUCGGCGAACCGGCAACCCAGAUGACGUUGAAGACCUUCCAUUUUGCGGGGGUGGCCAGUAUGAAUGUGACGUUGGGAGUGCCUCGGAUUAAGGAGAUUAUUAAUGCUGCUAAGCAUAUAUCGACACCGAUCAUUUCAUGCAAGCUGGAGCAAGAUCGAGUUGAAGCCGCGGCCUUUAUGGUGAAGAGUAAGAUUCAAAGGACACUCCUUGGGGAUAUCUGCGAGUAUAUUAAACAGGUGUACGAGCCCUCUGGAGUGUACCUCAUAGUGAAGCUUUGUGGUGAGACACUUCGUCGAAUGCAGUUGGAUUUGACUAUGGACGAGUUGAAGGAAGCUCUUUGUGCCAAAGGAGCUUUACCAGGCGGACUUAAAAUACGACCAGAAUGUAUCGAAUCACGCGGCAAACUGAAGCUGGCCAUUAGACCUGCCGGGGCUGUUGACAGUCGGGGAAGAACUCUGCCGCCGAACCCUGAGACGCUGUGGUUUGAAGUGCAAGCUCUGAGGAAUGCCCUUCCCCAAGCUCCAGUGAAAGGUUUGAAGCAAUGCAGUAGAGUAGUGGUGAAUAAAGAGGAGGCGAAGGAUGGGAGCAAGGACACUAUAUACUCUUUGUUGGUGGAAGGCUAUGGACUUCAGGAUGUGAUGGGAAUCGAAGGCGUUGUGGCGGAGAAGUCUGUGAGCAAUCACGUGUUGGAGGUCCAGAGUGUGCUUGGAAUCGAGGCGGCCCGGAAAUCGAUCAUGUCGGAAAUUGAUGUUAUUAUGAAACAUUUUGGCAUGUCGGUGGAUUACAGGCAUAUACAGAUGCUGGGCGACUGUACGGGAGAAUAUGGAAGUGAAUUGACGUAUAGAAAUUCGAAGAUAUUCAAGUCAGUGAAAGGAGAGGGACUUCAGGGAGGGGACAUAGUGGAGAACGAUGGCAGCAGUGGAAUGUCCGUCUAUGGCAAACCUUUCCGGGAUGAGAAUUUCAUCAACAAGCAUAGCGGCGCUGGUAUCCUCACGACGACCUAUCAAGGAGAGGAGCGCAACAACAACACGUCUCAGUUCAUGGUCACCUACGCUCGCUCUCGGGCUUUGGAUUUCCAUCACGUCCCUUUCGGCCGGGUCACGAGAGGGAUGGAGGUUAUUCGAGCCAUCGAGAAGGUCCCCACCGACGAGCGAGACCGACCGAGAGUCGAUAUAAUUAUCGUGAAAUGUGGUAUGGUUGGCAAAAAGGAAGUAGACGAGGCGUUGGAGGAAAGGAGGGCUGAAGUUGAGCAUGGCCGUUUCAAGAGCCGCAAGCAGCUCAGAGCUGAAGGAAUAGCUACUGCUGCUUCUCUCGGUAAAAAGCUGUUGGAUAACGCUGCGGAGACUGAGGGGUCUGUGGAGGACAUGGCGAUAGACCUCGAGGAGGAGGCGAGUAGUAGCGACGAGUCGGAGGUUGAGGAAAUACCUCCUACUCCUGUGAAGCCGGCGGCUGGCUUUAAGAAUAAGCGAGAGGCUAGGAUGUUCGAAUUGAGACUGAAAAUGAACCAGGCGAGAGUUGCCAACCAGGACGAGGUGCUGAAGGAGGAGAAGGAGGCCCAACAGGGGGCGCCUCAUGAGGAAGGAGUUGAGGGAGGAACGGUAGGGAGACGGAAAAAGUAUAAGAAGGGAGAGGAUUGGGACCAUACGAGAUGGUAUCUCACUGAACAAGCAUCGAUGGCUGAGGCACGUGCUGAGAAGAAAGCUAGAAAGGGCAAUAAUCAUACCUUUGGGUGGGAGGUCUUCAAUGAGGAUUCUCUCUAUCGAGCUCAUGAUAAGAAGCUUGGUGAUGUACAGUUCAAUGAAGUGAAAUACGAGAAGCAGAAGGAGUCUAUGGGCCAAGCCUUUUAUGAUGAUACUGAUCUGGUCAGCGCGAAGCCUUCUGAGGAAGGGAAGCAGCGCUUAGCUGAAGCCUUGAAAAAAUCUGAGGAGAAACGGAGGGCGUUCUCGAGACGGCGUCUGGCUAACCCCGAUGAAGAUGUUGAUUACAUCAACGCUCGUAAUCAGCACUUCAAUAGGAAGAUCGAGAGGGAGUUCGGCAAGUACACUAAGGAGAUCAAAGCUAACCUUGAAAGAGGAACGGCUUUAUAA